AUGUCAAAAGACCCCGGUCCAUCCCUCCUAGAAACCAAACUCCGCACCCUCCUCUCCCGACGCCUCACAGCCUCUACCCUGCGCACCCUAACCCUCAACCCCCCCACCAGCACCGACUUCUCCAGCAACGACUUCCUCUCCCUCUCCACCAACAGCUCCCUCAAACGCGCCUACCACCAGGAACUUCUGACCUCGAACCUGCCGCUCGGAAGCGGGGGCUCGCGCCUGCUCGACGGCAACUCCGCGUACGCGGAAACGCUAGAGAGGGAAAUCUGCGCCUUCCACAGCGCCGAGGCGGGACUGCUGUUCAACUCCGGCUUCGAUGCGAAUGCGGGGUUUUUCGCGUGCGUGCCGCAGCCGGGGGAUGUUGUUGUGCAUGAUGAGCUGAUCCAUGCGAGUGUGCAUGAUGGGAUGAGGUUGAGUCGGGCGGGGAAGAGGGUGGCGUUCCGGCAUAAUUGCGUUGGGGAUCUGAGGAGAGUGUUUCAAGAGCUGAUGGGAGAGGAUGGACUGGGGGAUAGGUUAAGAGCGGGGGAGUGUCAUGUUUUCGUCGCUGUGGAGGCGGUUUAUAGCAUGGAUGGCGAUUUAGCGCCGCUGUGUGCCAUCGUCGAGACGGUCGAAGACGUUCUACCGAAAGGAGCGGGCUAUGUGGUUGUCGACGAGGCGCACGCAACGGGCGUACUGGGACCGCUUGGACGAGGUCUAGUCUGCGAAUUAAGGCUGGAACGGCGGGUCUUUGCGCGCUUGCAUACGUUUGGCAAGGCACUGGGUUGUAACGGCGCAAUUAUACUCGGCUCUCCAGUGCUCCGACACUACCUGAUCAACUACGCCCGGCCCCUUAUAUACACGACCUUCCUGUCCUAUCCCGCGCUAGCGGCAAUACGCACCUCCUAUUUGUUUCUCGCUCAAGGACGCACGGUGUCGCUAGCGGCGCACUUACGCUCCCUCAUUCAAGCCCUGUUCGCGGAGUUGAACGCUGUCCGCACGGCUAAUUUCAAUGAGCUGCUGAGGGUCCCUCUAGAGCGCCCAAAGUCGCCAAUAUUUUCCAUCCAGCUGGACGACCCUAAGGCGCUGGCUAAGUACCUACAAGACAAGGGCAUGAUGGUAAGGGCUGUGGUACCGCCGACCGUUCCUGAAGGCACGUCUAGAGUUAGAGUUUGCCUGCAUGCAGGGAACACGGUGGAGGAGAUUCGGAGGUUAGUGGGUACGAUGGAGGAAUGGUGCGCAAGAAGAGCGCAGAGCUCAGAGGCGGAGACGACAAAAAGGGUGGGCAAGGAAGAUGGCGUUCUAUACGCGCGUCUAUAA